UAUUAUUAUUAUUCAACAAUGACUUCGAUUAUAAUAAAUACGGAGUACAUCUGUAUAUCAUUUCACUUAUCAUUAUUGAUUCGUACCGUAACGUUCUCUUUGCUCUAAUUUUAAGUUGCUUAGAAUGGAAGGGCUUGUGUGUAAUCUCGACGUAUAUAUAUAUAUGAGGCAAAAAUCUUUUAGUGCCGACAUGUUAUUUCAAAAAGUACUCGAUUCAGUGAGAUUUUCAUUAUCUGAAGAACAAAAGACAACUCUUAAAACGUUUUGUGCUACAUAUACGAGUAAUCUUAAACGCAAAUGGAAGUCAGCUAAUUACACACAAGGGAAUUUUAUAAAGAAGUUUGCUGACUGGUUGGACCAAGAAAUAAAAUGGCCAGAGUUUGUUUCACUAGACAUAACUGAAGAACAAUCAAAUAUUAUGACGAGUUUUGAAGAUCCUUCAACAAGUAUUUCAACAGUAACAAGACCUAGUUUAUCAACGGAAUGCACUGUUCCUCAUAGUGUGGCUGUGUCGACAUCAACCGCUACAUUUAGUCCUCGAAAAGAAUUUGCCAAUUUGAGUCCACUGCAAAAAAGAAGAAGAACUGAAAAUCUCAUUGCCGAAAACGAUUUUGAGACACUUGCUUAUGCCCUGGCCAGGAAAGCGGAAAAUGAAAACCAAACGGACUUUGUAGAAUUAGUGAAGCAUUUGAUUAAAAAGCCUGAAGAUACGCCAAUGCUGCGAGCCUGCCUGAAAUCGACGAAACGAACUUGUCAUACCGAUAAGGCACUCGGUAUUUCAACAUCACUGAAAUUAUCGAAAUGGCAGUAUAUUGCAUUGAGGCAGACAAUGAGAGACAUGGGGUGUGAUAUACUUCCAUCGUAUGAUGCUUUGAAGCAAGAGAAGAAGGAGUGCUACGUUGAAAAAGAAGACAUGGUAAUAACUGAGACUGAAGUUAAACUUAAGCUUCAGUCUAUUUUAGAUAUUACGGUCAAGAGACUAUUAAAAACGCUGGAAACUGAUUUAACUGGCAGUAAUUCGACUCUUAUCAGUAAAUGGCGGUUUGACGGUGCAUCUGGGCAAAGCAACUACCAACAAAAAAUUGACGGCGAUGAUUCAAGCAUCUUCAUGUGUUCAUUUGUGCUGUUAAAACUGGUGAGAGAUGGUACUGAUGAAAUAAUAUGGGAAAACCCCAAAGCGUCUUCAACGUUUUACUGUCGACCCAUUUAUUUUAAGUUUGCUAAAGAGAACGAUUUGAAUGUUAAAGAAGAAAUGAUUUCAAUUGAUACGGAAAUUGCUGCUCUACAUCCAACUGUUAUCGAUGGUGCAAAUGUAAAACACGUUCUGCAUAUGACGAUGAUUGAUGGUAAAAUAACUUCACAUUUAUCAGAUACAUCCACAGCUACAUGCGAUAUAUGCAAAGCAAAACCAAAAGAAAUGAAUGAUAUCGACAAGGUUACUCAAAGAACCCAGUCUGUAGACAUGUUUAAGUUCGGUCUGUCUUCCCUCCAUGCACGAAUUAGAUGCAUGGAAUGUAUCUUACAUAUUGCUUCCCGUCUCGACUUCAAGAAAUGGCAAGCUAAGGGCGAAGAUUUGAAGCAACAGUUAAGCCAAAGAAAAAAGGCUAUUCAAGAACAAUUCCGGACUGAAACGGGGCUACUUGUGGACGUUGUUAAACAAGGGGCUGGUACAAGCAACGAUGGAAACACAGCAAGAAGAUUUUUUGUUAAUCCUCAAAUUACUGCUCAAAUAACGGGUGUUGAUGAAGAACUCGUUAGAAGAUUUGGAGUGAUUCUUCAGGCUAUCUCAUGUGGAGAGUUUGUGGACGUGGAAAACAGAUUUAGACUGCUCGCUCUCGGACCUCCCGCCUUUUGAUACCCUACCGCCGCGGCGGCGUCGCGCUACGCGCUCUUGCAUUGCGCAGUCGGGUAAAAAAUGUAUUUUAAAUAUCCUACCAACUUGAAAUCAACAUCAACAUGUAAAUACAUUUCCAACUUAUUUUGAAUUACAUGAAAAGUGAAUAUGACUAAUAACUGCUUCAAUAGGUUGUUGUUGGUGUAGGUUUCCCAAAUACCUAAACCAUAAUUGUACGCGACGACCGAAGCGAGUAGAAAUAAACUUACGUCGAUAUGAGAUUGAUUUAUAAAAUGUAUCUAUAAUUUCACAUGUAUCGGUUGUAUACACAUUAAAAAUGAUUAUUCCCUUGUUGUCUUAUUAGAAUGAGUCGGAUAUCGCAAUAAUAGAUAGCUUUGUCCAUAGUAAACGAUUGUAAAAUUGAUAGUUCAGAGCGAUAUUCCGUCCCUUUCUCUCCAACAAUCUUAUAAGAAUUUGUCUAAACGAUCGCCACGACGCCAAGCGGUGGCGCGGGGAAACUAGCUAGAAUAUUGAUAGUUCCGACCUAUAGGAGGGACAGAGACGAUAGGCUGUCCUUUUCUAACAUCUUAUAAGAUUUUACCUGAAUUGUAAGCAUUCGUGAAUAGUAUGUUUUUAUGUUUCGAUUUAUUUGUUUUAUAACUUAUUAGGAAAUAGGUAGUUGUAAGAGUAAUAUAUCAAAGUUUUGUGUAAAUCGUAUUAAUAGUUUAGGCAUAAUUGAGGAAAAUGUUGAAUAUAGUUUUUUACGAAUAGUUGAUAGGAUAUAGGUAUAAUUGUAGUGAUAAUGAUGUUAUUUUGUGUGUUUUUACUUCCUCUAUAAAAUGAUAUAUGAUAAUUAGGGUUUAAGUGAAUGUAAGUAGGUUUUUUAAGACUUUUAAAUUUGUAAUCUUUAUAGGGCCGUAGAGCUGUUAUUUGUUAUUAUUCUUAUUAGAAACUUAUUAUAUUAGGUAGAUAACGCAUAGGACUACAUAAAUAAAUAGGCAUCACAUCAAUAAAUGUAGAAAUGUACCGUGUAGGAGACAAAAUCUGUUUGUAUAGAACGGUUUCCUAAGACAUGUUGCGCUCCCCACCCGGCGCGCUCGGAGCGCGUGGGUGGGGCAGCGGAGCCCUGUGGCAGGGCGAAGCCCUAUGGAGGGGGAAAGUAUAAAUAUCGCGGAGACCAAUUUUUUGCGCGCCACACCUAAAAUAUCAUGCUUGCGGUCACGUAACUGUGUUAAAAAUAUGCCUAUUUGUAUGCCCAAUGUAUGUACAUAUAGUUUUAAGCUCGCGCUUAUGUAAUUUUUGAAAGAAUGAAAAAUAAAGUAUAGCGGGGGUGAGGUAAUGGAUCGCUGGCCAGCUCAGCCCUAGCAUAUAAAAUUCGAGUCGGAACAUGCUCCGACAUGCAUUCAGCGACAGGCGCUCCUACCCUAAGGAACAGGAAGAAACACCAAGCGGUUCACUCUGGACCAUCAGCCUCCUCUCACCGGCCAUCCAUUAUCAGCGCCCACCGAUUUCUUCAAUACCGAACACCAGGGGUUUUAUUCACCGAAACUACAGUCCACUACAGUCAAGACUCCUGCGUGUAACUUCCUCCACCCCGCAGUACGAGUCGGUAACUGUCCGCUACUGCGACAGCCCGGCGUCCCGUACACAUAUUAUUGUUAUUAUUUUUAAGAAAUUAUUUGUGAAAUUGUUUGUUGAUCCAAAUAAAAAAAAACAUAAGCCCUACAUAACUUAGUCACUAAGAAAGUACUAAGCAGCUCAAGGCUAACGAUGAACUAAGCUGCAUGAUUUUGAUGAAUUGCAAGGUCCAGAUAAAUCGAUAAAUUUACGUUUUAACACCAAUAGCAAGCAGGCAAUUUAAUGAAAAUCAAAAUCAAACGAUAAAAAGAACACAGAUUAGAUAGGUAUUCGGGCAAAGAUAAACAUUCAUGGGUGCAUUUAUAUUUAAAUAAGUCUUUGUUUUAUGUGUUGUGUCGUGAAUAACACUAGUGUAGUUAGUGUUGUUCAAAGUUGCGCAAUAUGUGGAAUCGUUUGUGGCUAAUUGCCGCUUGCGCAACUACAAUCCUAGGUGUCUCUUCAACCUCUGUACCGACAGUUACAUUGAGUAUUGGUGAUGAACUGACCACCACAAUACAGACUUUUCCACACGAAAACUUCACUUGUAAUUUGGAAACUCCAAGGAACGAAAUAAUCCAAUUCCGGCCUCAGAACAAGGGAGAUCCUGAAAAAUAUGGUUUGCGGAAAUCGACUCCUUUUUCUGGUUGUUCGGUCAAUAUUAUGAUAACUGGUGUCGAAGACGAUGGGACAUGGCGAUUGUUCUUUGAACUUUAUAACGGUUCAGCCUUCAGUCAAUUUUACAAUGUUAAAGUCGACGGAUUGCCUAACAUCGAUCAAACGACGACAACCGAAAAUCCAGAAUCCUAUGAACCGAAGAGAGAAAUAGAACAAUUGGAUUCGCAAUUUUUCAAUACACAUAUUGGAGCUGAACAUAUCGUUACUAUAAGAAAAUAUGAUUUUGUUAACACUGAAAGUUGCUAUUUAAUGUCCAAUGAUGGUAAUGUGUACGAUGAAAGAGAUCAAAUAGCUGGAGUUAGUUGGAUUACCGAUAUAAAUGUAGCGUGCGGUGUAAAAAUAAAUGUGGAUGGAGAAUAUUUAAUCGGAAAUUGGACAUUGCUUUUAAGAGCAAUCAGACUUUCAACCUGGAUUGAGAAAAGGCAACCAUUCACUAUAUACAUCGAAGAAAGUAUCAAAGCUUGGCCUGAAAGAAUUAUAGUUGCUACUGGUAAAAAUAUUCAUGUACGUCUAGCUGAGCCAGCACCUAAUGGCCUUCAAGAUACUUGUAAUCUUGUGCAUGAAAAUGAAGACAUUAAUUUACCUUACGAGAAGGAUGAGAAUAACAAAGAAACAUGUGGAUUCAUAAUCAGAAAUGUUAGAGUUGAACACCAAGGAGAUUGGCAUAUUGUAUUGGGGAAGACAAUAAUUUAUAAGGCUUCUAUUGAAGUCAUUGUUAACGGAGAUCAUGGAUCCAGUCAAUCGUAUAUGACAUGGGAGAUGGACAGCCAGGUGGACAUGUUAGUUGGCCCUGAGAAUGCCGUGUACUGCAGUAUUGUUGACCCAGCAGGCCGAACGAUUUUCCAGGACUUCAGUCGUUGCCGCAUUACCAUCGAGCGGGUCACGCAAAAUCAGAAAGGGACCUGGGUUCUGAUCGUAGGUGCCCCAGGCAGGAUUUCCACAGAUGAACAUAGGAUCCAUGUUAUGAUAGAAAAAAAUAGAGAAGUUGUGAUGCCGACGGUGAUUACGAAAGUAGAGCAGCAGCUACCAGAACUUUUCCUGUCUUGCUCCAUUCCUGAAGACUAUCAGGUUCGAACCUGUAAGUUCAGGGAUCCGGAUGACAAAGUUCUUCUGGCUGCUAAUGGUGUGAGCGAUGAGGAUUAUAUGAACGGAUUCAGAAUUAGAAUUUCAACUAACGUUAGUUCUACCGGCUGUAGUCUUCGCAUCAUAAAUCCGACGACUACAGCUGUCGGUUUCUGGCGCUGUGCUUUGGAGACUACCGACAACAGAGCAUUUUACGGUUUCCUUCAAGUGUACAAUGAUUCAGGGUUCAUACCAGACUAUUCCAGACCCACUUCUGUCAUCACAGCUCCCACUUUGAUCCCCAAAGUGGAUACCAUUAUGGUAGAUGAAGGUGAUGCUGUGACCUUAUCCUGCUCAAUCCAGACGCAAAUAGAGUACUGUUACUUCAGUUAUGACAAUGGAACUGUCUUCAACGUACAUCCUGGCUUGAGCACCGACAGCAUGGAGUACGUGGGUGCAGGGUUCCAGGCCGGCGAGUGCGGCGUGAGGAUGACGCUUCUCCCUUCUGACAGCGGUCUUUGGAGCUGCCACGUAGGAUUGUUAAAAGCUGACUCUAAUAAUUUAGCGCCAGAACAACGCGCGCAAUUCGGCGUCGAUGUACAACCAAUUUUCACAGUUACCCAAUCGGAAGAGUUUAAUAACGUUGUGAGUUUGCGAGGUCGGGUUAUCCUAGGGCGCGCUAUAGAUUAUUGCCGAUACGUACGCAGCGAUGGCGAGGGAUUCAAUGAACAUAAUCUACCACCCAAUUAUCGUAGCUGGAGCUACUUGUAUAAAGGCAACUGUAACUUGCAAAUCGAGAAUGCCUCGAUGCUGGACCGCCAGCCGUGGACUAUCGUCACGAGGAUUAGGAGCCAUCGGGAAGAGAUCUCGGGAAUCACCAAACCGGAUGUUAUUCUUCCACCACCACCACCACCGCCGCCACAACCUUCUCAUGGCCGCUCAUCCUCCUACUUUUGGCUUUUCAUCACGAUGAUGAGUAUAACCUUGGUGUUCAUUGGCCUGAUGGUGUCUACUGAGAAGAAUCGUCGCUGGGCUUCGCAGAAGGCGAUCUUCCUGAGGGACAGCUUCCGUUUCAAGAAGAAGCCAGUCGCUACUGCUGGCACUGUUCCAGCCACUAAUACUGACAAUAAUCAAGUCCAGACUGCUUAGGGGCUGGCUUAUAUAAAUAUCUUUAAUUACGCUGUACUAUACUUAACCAUUUGUAAUAAUAAUAUUUAUAAUAAAAUUGUAUUCAUUAUUCAAAUCGAAUGUUUU